ACUUUGGCCGCGGGCAGAGGCGGCCCCGAGCAGCCGGUCUUCACCCAACUCAAGCCCGUGAGGCUGCACUCGGACGAGCGGGCGGUGAUGUUUGAGGACGUGAAGAGUCCCGCAGUCAGGAUGCUGCCGGACAGUCAUGUUGACGACCUGGCGCAGACUAGAUGCGAGAUGGAAAAGUAUCUGUCGCCCCAGCUACUACCUGUUCCGCAGCAAAAGAAAUACAGAAGAGAUAGUGCUUCAGUGGUGGAUGAAUUUUUUCAGGAAGAGAAGACAUCACCUUACAGUUUAAACAUUAACAUAAUGCUGCCUGACAUCACUCACCUACGAACUGGCCUUUAUAAGCCGCAAAGACCGUCCAUGCUUAAUGGCGAUGCAGAACCAGCUUUUACCCAGCCAAGUGGAACCACAACUGCCCAGGCCUUGCCGGAGUUCACUAGUGUUUUCAACACGUCACCAUCUGUGGAUGUCAACGAUGUUUUUAUUAAACAGGAGCUCCCUUCUCCUGAAAUGCAUCUGCCUCCUUCUCCCCACCAAGGUCAGUUGUACCAGUUACUGAGCUCCCCGGAUUUGGUAAGGGUCCCUUCUAAUGCGAUCCACACACAAGGUAAUACAGCUGCCAUGGGGAUAUCUACAGGAAUGACCGGCAUGAAUACACUCACUGCAUUAUGUCCGCAAACUGCAAUUAAACAUUUCCAGUCUAUUUCGCAUGGGUCAUUUGCAGUACCGGCGCAGUUCUUCCCACAGCAGCCCGCAUACCUCCCACCUUCACCACCAAACUCUGAGCCUGGAAGCCCAGACAGACAAACGGAGCUGAUGCACAAUCUGUCACCACCUCCAUCAUAUGCUGCUUCCAUUGCUUGCAAAUUGGGGUCCCCUACUCUACCUCACACCCUUCCUACAACCUUACAAGUAACACAGCAAAGCACCCAUGCAGUGAAGUACAACCGGAGAAAUAACCCAGAGCUGGAGAAGAGACGGAUUCACCACUGUGAUUUCCAAGGUUGCUCUAAGGUUUACACUAAGAGUUCCCACUUAAAAGCACACUUGAGAACUCACACUGGGGAGAAGCCCUACAAAUGCACCUGGGAAGGCUGUGACUGGAGAUUUGCACGUUCUGAUGAACUGACUCGUCAUUUCCGGAAACACACUGGAGCAAAACCCUUUCAUUGCACGGUCUGCAACCGCAGUUUUUCCCGUUCCGACCACUUAGCCUUGCACAUGAAGAGACACCAAAACUAGGCAAUUCUUCGUUUCUCAAGGCUGAUGUUCAUUAUGCAAAGAAAACAAAACGUGCUAUCUGCAGCUAAAUGCCAGACUAACGUUAUGCAAAUGGUAACCUUGAUGCCAUGGCUUCCUUUACUACGUGUAAUGUAAAGUUUUGAUAAAAUACACACUAAGCUUGUGUAUGGUUUUGAAACUGGAACCUUGUAUAUUUUGUAUAUAUUUACUGAUUCAGAUUUAAGAGCAGUGUUUAUUAGAAAGCUUAAUUAAAUUUCUUCGAGGGGUUGAUUUUGUUUUUCUUGGUUAUUUUAGGUAUACUGCAUAUAAUCAACUAAGCACAUGUCCAUUUCAUAGGCAAACAUGCACUACAGUGCAGUUGGUUAGUACUGAUAUUUGAUCUGUCAAGUUUGCUGCAUUAUAGUUUGUUUUGACCAAAGCACUGCUAGAUUUUGACAGUGUUUAGUAAAUUUGUAGUGGAGGACACUGAAAGGGCACACUGUAGACUUGAAUGCAGGAAAUAUUUGUACUGAACAAGGAAAGGGAAUUCAGCCUAAUCAAUACUUGAGAUUAUUAAUUCAUUUCAUUGAAGUUCUCAUCUUGUCAGAAUGACAUGGGAUGUUGCAUUUAACGGUACAACUACAAAAGUUGCCCAGACUGCAAUGCAUUAACCUGAGUUUAAUGAUGCAGCUUAUUUUAGCUGAAACUAGUAGUUGAUUUACUAGAAACUGGAUCAAAAUUGUAUAGAAUAGUCGACCAUAUAAAUUGGAAUUUUCAGUGUUCUGCUGAAUCAGGUUAAUCCUCAAAGCUGUUUUAUGUAAGUUUCAUAGUUAGUUUAGCACUCCAUUCCAUUUGGAAACUACUGCUAUAAGGAGAUAUUUAUAUAAUAUACUGUAUAGAUAAUAGCACUGAGGCAU